AUGACUCACAGGAGCGGAAUAAGCAUUGCUAUCCUUGGGCCAACAUUUCCAGAUCUGGCAAGAAAUGUGAACCAAAACAUCAGCAGUCUGUCUAUCAUUUUUGUGGGCCGUGCCUCUGGAUUUGUAUGCGGCACCAUGAUUGGUGGAGCUCUCAUUGACUAUAUGAAUCAUUUUUUACUUUUGGGUGUGUCAAUGUUGGCUACUACAGUUGGGUUUUAUUUCAUUCCUUUCUGCAAGAAGACAGUCUUACUGGUUGUCAUGAUGUCUGUCUUUGGUGCUUCGGUUGGUGCUGUGGAUACAGGUGGGAAUGUCCUCAUCUUGGCUCUUUGGGGAGACAAAGGAGCCCCACACAUGCAGGCCUUGCACUUCAGCUUCGCCUUGGGUGCCUUCCUGGCUCCCCUGCUGGCUAAGUUGGCCUGGAGUACCUCAGAAUCCACUCAGAACCACACAGAGUCCGACUUUGACCCUCUAAUGCUGAACCGAUCCUCUGAAGCCAGCCCAGACUCUCUGUUUGCAGUACCCGAGGACAUGAAUCUGCUGUGGACGUAUGCUUCCAUUGGCACCUAUGCGCUAGUGGUUUCUGUCUUUCUGUUUGGUCUGUUUUGUAAGAAACACUCAAGGCAGAAAAAAUCCACAGAAUCUAGUCAGAGAGUUCGAAGAGCUAAAUAUCAUUGGGCCCUGCUCUGCCUCCUCUUCAUCUUCUUCUUCUUUUAUGUUGGAGCCGAGAUAACAUUUGGUUCUUACGUAUUCUCCUUCGCCACCACCCAUGUUGGCAUGAAAGAAACUGAAGCAGCCGGCUUGAACUCCGUCUUCUGGGGGGCCUUCUCAGCCUGCAGGGGCCUGGCCAUCUUCUUUGCCACAUUCUUACAGCCUGGAACCAUGAUUGUGUUGAGCAACAUUGGCAGCCUUGCUUCAUCUUUGUUUCUGGUGCUUUUUGACAAGAACCCUCUCUGCCUCUGGAUCGCGACUGCUGUGUAUGGAGCCUCGAUGGCAACCACAUUUCCCAGUGGCAUUUCCUGGAUCGAGCAGUACACCAGCUUAACUGGGAAGUCUGCAGCAUUCUUUGUCGUUGGUGCUUCUCUGGGGGAAAUGGCUUUUCCUGCAGUCAUCGGAAUCAUUGAGAGACACUACCCAGGACUGCCGGUGGUUCUGUACGUCUGUUUCGCAUCAGCCAUCUUCACGGGAGUUCUUUUUCCCGUCAUGUAUAAAUUAGCCACCUUACCCCUGCGUCACCAGGCAAAAGAAAGGAAGAGUGAGGACUGAAGAACUUCGCUUUCCAGCUCUAGGCUCAAUGACUGUGAGGCGGAAAAGAAAUGGAAAGACGCAGAAAAACGGAAUGGAACACAUUCUGAGGUAGUUGAGAUGAAGGAUUCGAGGCAUCUGUAACCGAGGAGUCUAGACAUAUUUCAAGUUCAUAGAGCCCACAGCUGAUGCUUCCCAAACACCCCCAUGUGUGAGGCCUCUCUGGUAAUGGCUGUAACCUCCUGAGAUACACCAGGAGAAAAUGGACAAACAUUAGGAAAAGAUGAAUUGUUUAGUAACUUCAUAGUUCCUACACUUAUGGCCAGGGGAGCCAUAGAAGUUCUCAGCAAUUCCCUGGGGUCAGCUUCUAGAGCUACUGCACAGUAGCUGCUGAACUGUUUUUAAAAAUUCUGGAAUUUCCAGAGUCUUCCAUAAUGUACUAAGUGAUCUCAUAUAGUGGGAUCUUGUAACCAGGCUCCUGUUUGGGAGACUUAUUAGGAAAUAUGGGGGUUUUUUUUGGUGUGGUGUGUGCUAAAAGGCAUCUAUAGUUUCUAUAGUAUAGAAAUUGGUAGUGCUCUAGUAGGCAGGUACCACGGAGAUGUGGAAUGGAUUGGCCUUUGCUGCGCAAAUGAUCAAGCGUCCAUUUUCUCUUGGAUGAGUGGGAGAGGGUAGUUUUGAUGCAAGAGAAAGUGGAAGUAGUAAAAUUGAUCCUAUAAAGGAUAUACUCUGCUUAGGAAAUAUUGCUAGAAAAAUUUAGUUAAAGGGUGUUACCUCCAAGCUCACUGGAAGAGAAGUAGUGUACUGACCAAGUUCGCUAGAAACUGAAGAGAGAAAACUUUGUGCCCUAAUUUAAGUUUAGGAUUGCUGAGAAAAUUUCUGCUAAAUGAUCAUUCACCAAGACUGACUUCCAGUUAGGCUCCAUCCCCAUAGCGAAAGGGUCUUACAAGCAGUCAUUAGGCUCGUCGCCGUAUCUAAAGGGCAGCUGAAGGGGGCAGAGCAAGGUGACAACCAUCACUAUGCCCUGGCAAGGUGAAUCUGGGAGCAACUAUGUCACAACACUGGUGUGCUCAACAAACUACUCUGACAAUAUCUGUGUGUGUAAAACUCCCACCUGCCCAAGCGUCCAGACACGCGGUCUCCUAUGACUGCUUAAAUUGUUCCAAGUAUAACCUGGACCAGGACCUGAGAGAUUUAAGGAUGACAACAUUUGUGGAAAGAAUCGGCCUAAGGUGUGAGUAGGAGCUAGGAAAUCUUCAAAUCAAGGCCAGCUCUUCUUUGGGCAUUAGCCACAGUCAGCCUCAUGGCUUUUUGGGUUUUUGUAAAGAGCUUUUCCUUUAUUAAUCUCUAAGUGUGCAGCAUGAUUUCUCACUGGGUAGGCAUAUUAUUUCUAUAACAAUUUUAUGGAAGCAUAUUUGGAAAUGGGGAUACAUUAUGUAAUUCUUUGCCUUAUCCCUAGUGUUGGGUUGAAGAAUGCUAAGGACUUGUUCGGUUUGGUCCUUUUUUUCCAUCUUUUUUUUUUUUUUAAGAUUUAUUUAUUAAGCAUACAAUAUACUGCUGGCAAGAAGGUUGUGCGCCACCACGUGGUUGCUGGGAAUUGAACUUGGGACCCCUGGAAGAGCAGCCAGUGCUCUCUGAGCCAUCUCUCCAGCCCUGGUUUGGACCUUUUAUGAGAACACAGGAAGAAUUCUUUCCCUCAAGUAAAGACCUGCUUUCUAGAUUCACGAUGGGCACUGACCAGGGGCUUCUUUCAUGUCAUCUCCUUGUCCUUCACCUUGGAAAUGCAAGUAAGAGGAUUUCCAGACUGAGAAAUCCACAGGGUUUGGAGUUUGUGCAAGACAUCUGCUGAACAGCCCUUCCUUCUCCACAGAUGACAAUAAAAAUGUUUUAUGCUUAUGUGGAUAUAUGCUAACACCUUAGUAUUUUAUUUGAAUAAUUAUA